UUUUUAAGUGGUGGUGGGAUCUUUUAGAAAUAAACCAUAAAGCUUUUCAUGUAAGACAGGGCACGGAGACGGUGAAGUCUCUAUCACAGCGGCUCAUCAGCUUCCAGCGUUCCCAGCCCAUCGAAGUCCACAGUGCAGUGUAUGGUCCCUGGGCACCUGUGACGAGUCAGGAUGAACCCACGGUCACGCUUUAUGCCUUAUAAGUCUGAGAUUGCAAGCAAAACCAUUCAAGGAUUAGUCAUCAGUGACUCAUAAUUGUGCAACCAAGAAGCAGGCCUGAACUAUAAACGUUUCUCAGUAGGCUCCUGUCAAAGCUUGUGUCCCUUGGCACAGUUAAGAGGAACCUGAUGAUGUCUCUGUAUUGUGGAACAUUUUUCAGGAGGAAAUCUUUUGGGUGUUAUAGGCUGCUGUCAACCUAUGUCACUAAGGCACGAUACUUAUUUGAACUGAAGGAAGAUGAUGAGGCCUGCAGGAAGGCCCAGCAGACGGGAAUGUUCUACCUCUUUCAUGACCUGGAUCCUCUGCUCCAGGCAUCAGGACACCGAUACCUGGUGCCCCGGCUUAGCCGAGCAGAGUUGGAAGGGCUGCUGGGUAAGUUUGGACAGGAUUCACAAAAAAUUGAAGAUUCGGUGCUGAUUGGAUGCUCCAACCAGCAGGAAGCAUGGUUUGCUUUGGAUCUAGGUCUGAAGAGUGCCUCCUCGGUCCGCGCCUCCCUGCCGAGAGCUGAAAUGGAGGCCGAGCUCGGAGGUUCUUUCGUCAAGCUGAGGCAGGCUGUUUUCCAGCUGAACUCGGCGGACUCCUCCUUGCUGUUCACGGCUCAGGCCCCGCCUUUGUGUCUGCAGGCUCAGGCUCUUCUACGCUGGCAUGACGGCCAUCAGUUCUGCAGCAGAAGUGGGCAGCCCACCCAGAAGAACAUGGCGGGCAGCAAGCGCCUGUGUCCCGCCAAUAAAAUCAUCUACUAUCCACAGAUGGCGCCCGUAGUGAUCACACUGGUGUCCGAUGGGGCCCGCUGCCUACUUGCCCGCCAGAGCGCCUUUCCCAAGGGGCUGUACUCUGCCCUGGCAGGUUUCUGUGACAUAGGUGAAAGUGUGGAAGACGCUGUCCAACGAGAAGUUGCGGAAGAGGUGGGCCUGGAAGUGGAAGACAUUCAGUACUCUGCGUCCCAGCACUGGCCCUUUCCCAAUAGCUCACUCAUGAUCGCUUGUCAUGCAACCGUGAAGCCAGGGCACACAGAGAUCCAGGUGAACUUGAAGGAACUAGAGGCAGCCGCCUGGUUCGGUCUUGAUGAGGUGACCGCAGCCCUUAGGAGAAAGGGCUCCUUUGCUCAGCAGCAGGGCGAGGCUUCCCCACUGUUGCUGCCUCCCAAGUUAGCUAUUGCCCACCACAUGAUUAAGAAGUGGGUGGAGAAGCAGAGCGGUUCCCCCCUGACUGCUUAGCCCUGAGCCGUCUGGAUCCCUCCUGGGCGCUGCCGCAGGGCGCUCUGGAGCCGAACCUAGGAAGGGAGGAAAGCAAAGCCGACUCCAGGACAGGCUCCCAGGGGCGAGGCUCUCUGAGAGGCCAACAGAGGUGCCUUCUAACUGCACCAAAACCUCUGGAGUAAGCUGGGUAGAGCACCUUGUACCUGUGCUUGUCCCGGCUGCUAUGGAGGCGGAGGCGGAGGCGAAGGCGAGAGCAUCGCUUUUGCCCAAGACAACCAGGGCAGUACAUUAGACAACAGCGCUUAAAAACAAGAACUGAAGGGAAACUGAAACUGAUGAGACGCUAACUGUGAAAAGCCGGGGGAAGGGUGCUGAGCCGUUUGGGCGUGGCCCAUUUUUUCCAAGACUAUAGGUACAAACAUCCUCUGGCCUGGGCUGGUCAAUGUUGCCUUUAUGGGAACCAUCAAAUGUGCCCAGGGUGAUUUAUCUUACUGCCAAAAUAUUAACAAUUCUCAACUCACAUUUGAUUUGCUUCUGUCCUCAGAGAAAAAUAGCAUUUUAUAUGCUUUCAAA